UGCGCGUUGGAACCGCGGCUUGAGCGCCCCGGGAAGAUGGAGCAGUCGCCCUCCACGCCACCGCCCGGGGCUCCCCCGUCCCUGCGGCGUCAGCAGCAGCUCCAGCCACCAGCGUCUGGUCUCCCGGUGCGCGAGGCCCCGGAGCCGCGAGCCAGAAUGCCCCCGAGGGUGUAGACGGCGCCCCAGGAGAGAGUGAUGAUCUUCAAAAUGAAGACUCUGGAGAAUUUUAGGUUCUCAAUAGGAACUACAAAAAUUGAAGGAAAGAAAACUUUGAAAAGGAAAUUGUUUUGAAAGUAUGUUUACAAUGAACUGAUACUGUUGACAGGUUUCUUUCUUUCUUUCUUUCUUUCUUUUUUUUAAUAAGAUUGUAUUUAUGGUAAAAGGAAACUGGACUAACAAUGAGGCCAAAGACUUUUCCUGCCACGACUUAUUCUGGAAAUAGUAGGCAGCGAUUGCAAGAGAUUCGAGAAGGGUUAAAGCAGCCGUCCAAGUCUUGCUCGGGGUUACCCGUGGGACCAAACAGUGACACUCCCCUGGAUGCCAAAGUCCUGGGGAGCAAGGAUGCUGCCAGGCAGCAGCAGCAGAUGAGAGCCACCCCAAAGUUUGGACCUUACCAGAAAGCAUUGAGGGAAAUCAGAUAUUCCUUGUUGCCUUUUGCUAACGAAUCGGGCACUACAGCAGCUGCAGAAGUCAAUCGGCAAAUGCUGCAGGAGCUCGUGAAUGCAGGAUGUGACCAGGAGAUGGCUGGCAGAGCACUCAAGAACUGGCAGCAAACUGGCAGCAGGAGUAUUGAGGCCACCCUGGAGUACAUCAGCAAGAUGGGCUACCUGGACCCGAGGAAUGAGCAGAUCGUGCGCGUCAUUAAGCAGACCGCCCCAGGAAAGGGCCUGCUGCCAGCCCCUGUGACACGGAGGCCCAGCUUUGAAAGAACCAGCGAUUCCUUUGCAUCCUACCACCAGCCGAGCGGCGCGGCCUAUGAGAGGCCUGAGUUCAGCCCCGAUGGCCCCACAGCCCUGGAGGAGGUACCACGGCAAUACAUGGAUUUCCUCUUCUCCGGAGCCGGGCCUCACGGUGUGCAGGGUCACCAGCUCCAGCUCAAGGGCUACGGCCCCGGCGCGGAGGCAGCGCACUUCUCGCUGCAGGCGCACUACGGCCGGCCUCACCUACUGGUGCCAGCAGAGCCCUUGGGCUAUGGCCUGCAGCGCAGCCCCUCCUUCCAGAGUCAAGCGCCAUCCCAGCCGGGGGCCUACGCCAGCCUGCCCACCAAGGGCCAGGGCCCAGCAAGCGCCAGCCUCGCCUUUCCGGCCACUGUCUGCGUUCCACACCCGCACCACAAGCAGGCAGGCCCUGCCGCUCACCAGCUGCACGCGAUGGGCUCCCGCCCAGUGUUCUCCGGAGACAGCCCCCCACAGAGCCUGCUUGCUCCCUCCCGGAACAGCCUCAACUCAGACCUGUAUGAGCUGGGCAGCACCCCCGUCCAGCAGCGGCCGACCGCUACCCUGGCUCGCCGCGACUCCCUGCAGAAGCCAGGCCUGGAGGUGCCCCCAUGACAGCACGUAGCCUUCCUCCCCGAUGGUCCAGUGCCCAGCAGAACCAACUCUUUUAAUAGCCACCAGCCGCAGACCGGCCCACCCAGCAAGGCUGAGCCCUCCCUGCCAACCCCUAACACCGUCACAGCGGUUUCGGCCACGCACACGCACAUCCUGCACCCUGUGAAAAGCAUGCGUGUGCUCAGGCCUGAGCCGCAGACAGCUGUGGGGCCCUCACACCCCGCCUGGGUGCCUGCCCCAGCCGCAGAGGCCCUGGACUCCAAGGACGAGCACGUCCUGGUCCUGGGCAGUGCGGGCACCUACCCCCUGGAUGUGGACUACUGUAGUCCGGACCGCAGGUGCCCCCCGCCGCCCUACCCAAAGCACCUGCUGCUGCGCAGUAAGUCGGAGCAGUACGACCUGAACAGCCUGUGCGUGGGUGUGGAGCAGAGCUUUCUUGGGGGCCGGGCGGCAGAGCCUGGCGACAGGAGCAACAAGAGCCACAAGAGCGCCAAGGGGGACAAAGGUGGGAAGGAUAAAAAGCAGAUCCAGACCUCUCCUGUUCCUGUGCGCAAAAACAGCAGAGACAAAGAGAAGAGAGAAUCCCGCAUCAAGAGCUACUCGCCCUAUGCCUUUAAGUUCUUCAUGGAGCAGCAUGUGGAAAACGUCAUAAAAACCUACCAGCAGAAGGUCAACCGGAGGUUGCAGCUUGAACAAGAAAUGGCCAAAGCUGGAUUCUGUGAAGCUGAGCAGGAACAGAUGAGGAAGAUUCUCUACCAGAAAGAGUCUAAUUAUAACAGGCUGAAGAGGGCCAAGAUGGACAAGUCUAUGUUUGUGAAAAUCAAAACCUUGGGGAUUGGUGCCUUUGGAGAAGUGUGCCUUGCUUGUAAGGUCGACACUCAUGCUCUGUAUGCUAUGAAAACUCUGAGGAAAAAGGAUGUCUUGAACCGGAAUCAGGUGGCCCAUGUCAAAGCUGAAAGGGACAUCUUGGCCGAAGCAGACAAUGAGUGGGUUGUCAAACUCUACUACUCCUUCCAAGACAAAGACAGCCUGUACUUUGUGAUGGACUACAUCCCUGGGGGAGACAUGAUGAGCCUGCUGAUCCGGAUGGAGGUCUUCCCUGAGCACCUCGCCUGGUUCUACAUCGCAGAGCUGACUUUGGCCAUUGAGAGUGUCCACAAGAUGGGCUUCAUCCACCGAGACAUCAAACCUGACAACAUUUUGAUCGAUCUGGAUGGUCACAUAAAACUCACAGAUUUUGGCCUCUGUACUGGGUUCAGGUGGACUCACAAUUCCAGAUACUACCAGAAAGGUACCGUCUGGGCCUCUACAUUCAUUGUCUGCAUCUAG